AUGGACAUAUCUGAAGACACCGCGGUCAAGAUUGCAACCCUGCAAGCGAAGCUGAACAAGAAACUUGGACCCGAGUUCAUCUCUCAGCGUCCGGGUCCGUCGGGAGGCCCAAAGCUCACGUACGCCGAGGGGUGGAAGAUCAUCAACCUCACAAAUGAGGUGUUCGGCUUCAACGGCUGGAGCUCGAACGUCGUGAGCAUUACUACUGACUUCAUCGACUACAACGAGGAGAGCCGUCGGUAUAACGUUGGUGUAACGGCCAUCGUCAGGGUGACGCUGCGAGAUGGGGUGUUCCAUGAGGACGUGGGUUGCGGGCUGCUGGAGAAUUCGAAGACGAAGGGAGGGGCUCUGGAUAAGUGUAAGAAGGAAGCUGUGACGGACGCGCUGAAGCGAACGUUGCGCAACUUCGGCAACUUGUUAGGGAACUGCCUUUACGAUAAAUCAUACACCCAGGAAGUCGUGAAGAUGAAGGUUCCAGCAGUGCGUAUCUUCUAA